AUGGUUGUUGUGUAGUUUCUAUAACAAUAUAAGGGCUAUUUCUCAUUCAUUAUUCUAUAUGCUACUGUCAGAUUUUUUUUCUCAUCAUAAUAGCUUUCUCUUCCUAUACUAUGCUCUCUUAGAUUCUACUCCACUAUUCUUUCCUUCCUCAAAAACAUAAUACAGAUAAUGUGAGACGCGGUACGACGCUUCAUUAUUGAUUCUACAAUGCAGGCAUCAGAGCAGCAUAGAAGUUCAAGUAUGUACUAUCAACCAUUGCAGCAAAUCGAAGCCUAUUGCUUGCCACAAUAUCGAAAUCUAAAUCAUCAGCUAUACAACAAUGAUGGAGGCCAAGCAACUCAAUUCUCGGCUCCAACUUCUUCUGACCUUUAUUACUGCACUUUGGAGUCGUCCUCUGCAGCUGGAAGUUUCGCCGUUUACAACUCUCCUUCAACUGUUAGUUUCUCGCCUAACGAUAGUCCAAUGUCGCAGCAAGAAUCUCAGUCUUAUCCAUCUGAUAAGUAUCAUUCCCCUGACAAUACCUAUGGCUCGCCAAUGAGUGGAUCAUGCAUAACCGAAGAUUUAAGUAGCUUCAAACACAAGCUUAGAGAGUUGGAAAGUGUAAUGCUUGGUCCUGACUCUGAUAAUCUUGAUAGUUACGACAGUGCUAUCAGCAACGGAACCAAUUUUGCUUCGCUUGAAAUGGACAGUUGGAGACAAACUAUGGUAGCAAUUUCGAGCAAAAAUCUAAAGCACAUCCUUACUGCAUGUGCCAAAGCAAUAGCAGACAAUGAUUUGCUAAUGGCGCAAUGGUUGAUGGACGAAUUACGGCAGAUGGUGUCGGUUUCUGGUGAACCGAUUCAAAGAUUGGGAGCAUACAUGUUGGAAGGACUCGUUGCACGGUUGUCUGCAUCCGGGAGUUCAAUCUACAAAUCUUUAAGAUGCAAAGAACCAGAAAGUGCCGAGCUUCUUUCUUACAUGAACAUACUUUACGAGGUUUGCCCUUACUUCAAAUUUGGUUACAUGUCUGCAAAUGGAGCCAUUGCAGAAGCCAUGAAAAAUGAAGCCAGAGUUCAUAUAAUCGAUUUCCAAAUUGCUCAAGGAAGCCAAUGGAUUUCGUUGAUUCAGGCUUUUGCAGCUAGGCCCGGGGGACCACCACACAUCCGGAUUACAGGUAUUGAUGAUCCGACAUCAGCUUAUGCCCGUGGAGGUGGACUACAUAUAGUUGAAAAGAGGUUAUCAAAGCUUGCUCGGCACUUCAAGGUGCCAUUUGAGUUUCACGCUGCAGCUAUCUCUGGUUGUGAUGUUCAACUGCAUAACCUUGCAGUUCGGCCAGGGGAAGCUCUGGCCGUAAAUUUUGCAUUCAUGCUACAUCACAUGCCUGAUGAGAGUGUCAGCACUCAGAAUCAUAGGGAUAGGCUUUUAAGGUUGGUUAAGAGCCUAUCCCCGAAAGUCGUGACACUUGUUGAGCAAGAAUCUAACACAAACACUGCGGCAUUCUUUCCACGUUUUCUCGAAACUAUGGACUAUUACACAGCAAUGUUCGAGUCAAUAGAUGUGACUCUUCCGAGAGAGCAUAAAGAGAGGAUCAAUGUUGAGCAGCAUUGUUUGGCAAGAGAUUUAGUUAACAUCAUAGCUUGUGAAGGGGUCGAGAGAGUGGAACGACACGAGCUGCUAGGGAAGUGGAGGUCAAGAUUUGCAAUGGCUGGUUUCACUCCUUACCCUCUGAGUUCUUUGGUGAAUGGUACAAUAAAGAAAUUGCUUGAAAACUACAGUGAUAGAUAUAGACUUCAAGAAAGAGAUGGAGCUCUAUAUCUUGGUUGGAUGAAUAGAGAUUUGGUUGCUUCUUGUGCUUGGAAAUGAGAACUGAAAAUUAUGUAACUCCUGAAUGUUUGAGGAAUUUGGAUUUGCUGCAGUUAAUAAUUCUACGCAUUCACAUAAUCAGCUCGUCGGUGGCCGUUGGAUCGAGAUUGGAUGAUCCAAAUUUCAAAAUUAGUAUUUCGUUUUUUAAUAAAAAUAUGCCGUGAAAUUUGGACCGUCCGGUCACUAUCCAACAGUCACCAACGUGCUGACUGUGGAUUGUUAACUGCAGCAAAUCCAAGUUUGAGUGGGAAUGAAGCAGAACAUGUCCUUGUUCUUGUUCUGUUCCAUUUUCUGUGUUUCAAAAAGUUUCUGUGGAAAAUGUAGCUAGCAAUAGCAUUUUUCUUUAUGAGUAAUGUUAAAUUUUCAUAUCAUUAUCUUUUUCUGAGAAUAAGAGGAGAGUUGCAUUUCA